AUGGAUAUCGAUGGAGUUAAAAAAAAGAUAAAAAGUCUUCGCUCAUAUUUUUCCAAAGAGCAUCAAAAAGUCAUCAGGAAAAAGAGCGGUGCUGAAUCCGAUGAGAUUUAUGUUUCACCGUGGUUUGCUUACAAACAACUCUUAUUCACUGCUGACUCGGUGACGCCGCGGGAAACUAGAGAAAGUAGUACUGAGGAUGAAAAGGACACGCCGGCUGAAAUAUUAAAUAGAGAAAACUCUGCGACUUCGCAGUCUACGUGUAUAUCUGAAGACGAGCAUGAAUUUACCCUACCACCAAUAAGAAAGAAGAGAAAUAUUAAAAGUACAACGAUUGACGAUAAAGAGGCGGAAGCUUACAAUUUUAUGAAAAAAACUAGUGAAGAAUUAAGUCGAAAAGAUGAGUUCACUACUUAUGGACAAUUGAUAGCUCAUAAAAUUCGAAACCUUAAUACAUUUAAUCGGCUUAUAGCUCAACAACGCAUAAACAAUAUACUCUUUAAUCUGGAAAUGCAACAGAUAACUGGUGCAGCAGCAACGCAUAAUGUUACCGAGAUGCGGAAUGGAACUGAGAUGAGGAAUGCGACUGAGAUACAGAAUAUGACUGAGAUACAUAAUGUUACUGAUAUGCGGAAUAUGACUGAGAUACAUAAUUUUACGGAGAUACCGGAGACACAGGCUGAUUGA